GGAUUUUCAGGUGUCCAAGCUGUUAUGUCGAAUCGAACUAACUGAUGCGUGCAUAUUUUAUUGGUUUACUACUUUGCUUAUUCGAAGCAAAACAAUGUUAUCAUAUGAAAGCCUCGCAGAUUCGAAUAUCAGAGAUCGCGAAAGGCGAAUACGAAAAAUAUCUGACUGACACUUGCCAAGAGCACAAAAAGGAAGCAUAUUCGGUGGAUGAUUAUCUGGAAUGGGAACACAAUGAAUUCUUGCGAAGUCUUCGAAUAGCAUUGCUGCCGGACACUGCUGAUGGUGACUUCCGAGCGGCUCUGAGUACUGGUAUGCUAGAUGUGGUACCAGCAUUAUUCGAUGUCCCUGAGAAGCCUUCUGGUAGCUGUCAUCGACGAAAUCAAACGGUCGACUUUGAAGAACGAAUACAUGUUUACACAUCGUUCGAGGAUGUUUUGCUCGAUCUAGUUUUGUCGUCAAAAAUUGCCGAGGGACAGCUUGGACCCAUUUGAGUCACGAAUUUUUCGGUUCUUCCCAAAAGGGAAGCUUGCGCUUGACGUUUGUAUCUUUUUUUCCCAACUGAUAGAACUGAACUUGGAACUUUCUUUAACUUGCAUCUGAAUCAGCUCAUCAUAUAUUUUCUUUCCACUAAUUCAAAAGUCAGAUCUUGUAAUAUUGCCUUCUUGUUCAUACAUUGCCUGUACAUUUUUUGUAUUUCUGCGUAAUCCAGAUUAUUUUCGUUCACGGCUCCCCAAAAAACUAAGCAAGAUUGUGUACAUAUGUUUCAAUGCAUAUCAGAGAAACUUCUUUGUGGUACAUUUUCUGCGUACGAUGUGCACUCCUCGCGUGAUCACUGCUCCCAUUCAUGACCGUCUGUCAGAAAUCAUUUGAAGACAUCUGAAGUUACAUUGCUUGUGCAAAUCUUGAAUCUGAUUUGGUGUAUGAGUGUAUUUGGAGUCUUAUUGCUUGCUUUACUCGUGCAGCCCUCACUUAAGCCUCUUAUUCACUUGCUGGCUCGUCAUCAUGUUCUUAUUAACCUUUAUACAAUUUCCUUGCAUUCACUUUUGAGGUUUAGACAGAAAAAAGUUGCUUACAUCACAAUAAGAGCGCGUAAGCCUGCAUUGCCUCUUUUCUUACACGUUCUUAUUGAGCAUGGAAUUCAAAUGAUCGGGGUACGUGUGUUAUGUUUGGGCACUUAGUGGUAGUUUUGAGGGGUUCUAUAAAGGGUUGGGCUUUUGCAGAUUUGCUUUUCGUUAUCAAUUUUGUCGAGUGGCACGUUUCGUUUUGAAAAUAGAAGAAUAGUGAGACGUUGGCAGCGAAAGUUCUUUUGCUCACCUUUUUGAUUAAGGACAAUGUAUCCUCUGAUUUUGCCUUGUCUGUUGUAGUAUAAAACUGCUCUUAAUGGUACACUUUCGUCCUCUAACAGUCAUGCUUGGUUCGAAAUGAGCAAUUGAAGUUUUCUAAAAGCGUGAGCCUCUUUGAUUGUGGUUGUAUUGGUUACCUAUAUAUUACUUUGCGUAGUCUUGAGCCCAUUAUCGUCACGGGAGCCAUAUAGCUUUAGUGCCUAGUUAUCCAGAUGCCAAUUUAUACGUUUUAUCUUCUUUUUUUCAAUAUUGUAUCGAUUGCUUGAUUACGCUUGUUUGAAGCUAUCUAUGUUGAAUGAACAUUUGGUCAAAUGAGUUGUAUGCAUAAAUGAAUAUUUUAUGUUAGUGUUUGCAUACUUGAGUGUUAUAGCAGCAGAAUGAGUUCCACUGG